CAGCGCCCCCGCCGGCCCUAGCCGCCCCCGCGCCGGCGCCGAGCCGCCCCAUGCGCGGGCGGCAGCGAGGGGGCAGCGCGGGGCCGCCGGGGGGCGGCCGCUGAGAGCGGCGUGGCGCCGGGGGGCGGGCGGAGCCGGAGCGCCGAGCGGCGGCGGCACGCAGCCGCCCGCUGGAGUGAGGCAGCGAGCGGGCGGCAGGCAGCAGGCAGGCAGCCGGUGGCGGCGGCGGGAGAUGUGCCCGGAGGAGGACGGCGGCUGCGGCGGCGGUGGCGGCGGUGGGGGGGGCGGCGUGGCCGGCACCGGCGGCUCAGAGGCGGCGGUGGCGCUGGACGAGCUCCGCUCCUGGUGGGAAGUCCCGGCCAUCGCGCACUUCUGCUCCCUCUUCCGCACCGCCUUCCGCCUGCCCGACUUCGAGAUCGAGGAACUGGAAGCUGCUCUUCACAGGGAUGAUGUGGAGUUUAUCAGUGACCUGAUUGCCUGCCUUCUUCAAGGUUGCUAUCAGCGCAGAGACAUCACAUCCCAGACGUUUCACAGCUACCUGGAGGACAUCAUCAACUAUCGCUGGGAGCUGGAGGAAGGGAAACCCAAUCCCCUGCGGGAGUCCACCUUCCAGGAGCUGCCCCUACGCACCCGGGUCGAGAUCCUGCACCGCCUCUGUGACUACCGCCUCGAUGCAGACGAUGUCUUUGACCUCCUCAAGGGCUUGGACGCCGACAGCCUCCGCGUGGAGCCGCUGGGCGAGGACAGCAGCGGUGCCCUGUACUGGUACUUCUACGGCACGCGGAUGUACAAGGAGGAUCCGGUGCAGGGGAAAACCAAUGGAGAGCUGGCUCCAGACAGGGGAUGUGGGGGGCAGACAAACACCCCAAACGUUCCUGGGAAAACGGGCAAGAGACGAGGGCGACCCCCAAAGCGGAAAAAACUACUUGAAGAAAAUUUGCUGAGGGAGAAGGCAGAAGAGAACUUGCUAAUCCGCGAGACUCAGAUAAGAAACGGGUCCCAAGGGCCUGGCCGUGGGACAUGGUGGCUGCUGUGUCAGACGGAAGAGGAGUGGAGGCAGGUCACAGAGAGCUUCAGAGAGAGGACUUCCCUUAGAGAGCGGCAGCUCUACAAACUCUUGAGUGAAGACUUCCUGCCGGAGAUCUGCAACAUGAUUGCACAGAAGGAGAAGCGUCUACAGCGGACAGAGUUUUCUCCCAGGUGGAUGUCUGACCAUCAGCCCAUCAAACCAAUCAAGCAGGAGGUAAACCCAAAUGUGCUGAGUUCGAUGGAGAAGCAGAGGCGCAGAGAGGAAGAGGAGGAGCGCCAAAUCCUUAUAGCAGUACAGAAGCGGGAGCAGGAACAGCUGCUAAAGGAGGAGAGGAAGAGAGAGAUGGAGGAGAAGGUGAAAGCAGUGGAAGAACGGGCCAGGAGGAGGAAGCUUCGUGAAGAACGGGCCUGGCUGCUGGCGCAGGGGAAGGAGCUUCCCCCUGAGCUUUCCCACUUGGAUCCCAGUUCCCCUACCAGGGAAGAGCGAAGGACCAAGGAUCUCUUUGAACUGGACGAUGAGUUCACAGCCAUGUACAAAGUUCUAGACGUGGUAAAGGCUCACAAGGACUCUUGGCCCUUCUUGGAGCCCGUCGAUGAAUCAUAUGCUCCCAACUACUACCAGAUCAUUAAGGCCCCCAUGGACAUCUCUAGCAUGGAGAAGAAAUUGAAUGGAGGUCAGUACUGCACCAAGGAAGAAUUUGUGGGCGAUAUGAAGACCAUGUUCAGGAACUGUCUUAAGUACAAUGGUGAAGGCAGUGAAUAUACCAAGAUGGCUUACAACUUAGAAAGAUGUUUCCACCGAGCGAUGAUGAAGCACUUCCCUGGGGAAGAUGGAGACACAGAUGAGGAGUUUUGGAUAAGAGAAGAUGGGAGACGAGAGAAGAGGAGCCGGAGGACAGGCCGCUCCAGCACAGGCAGUGUUUGGACUCGGUCGCGAGACCCAGAUGGACCAGGAAAGAGGCAGCAACGCCUGGAAAAUGGAGGAAAACCUCCACCAUAUCGAGCUACUUCUAGGGCUCCUGCUUCUUCCUCCUCUUCUUCUUCCUCCUCCUUCUCCUCAUCCUCUGCAGAGGAUCCAAGUGGCAACCCAAUGCAGUCUUCUCGAGAAGUGGGUCCUUCCAAUGGACGAGGUUUCCCUCGCUCUCUGCAGUACGGCGGCAUGCCGAGCCCUGUGCCACAUCCUGGCCAGAUGAGACCAGCCGUGCCAGGAACGUUUGGCCCCCUGCGUGGAUCGGAUCCCACGAAACUCUACGGCUCGCCGCGAGUGCCUGAGCCCCAUCCCGGAGACCCGGUCCAGCAGCACCAGCACUUUGCCAUGCAGCCGGCCGUGGGACUGAGCGAGCACCGUGGGCACAGGCUGGCCGCCCCGGAGAAGCAGGCGUGCGCGGGACCGACCCACGUCGCCGGCCUCAGCCCCCGGCCGGGCGCCCUGCAGCUGGGACGUGUGAGCGGCCCCCCGCCCGAUGCCGUCUACCCGCCGGCCCAGUUCCAGCAGGGCUUCCUCCCUCCGAGGCACAACGGGCCCCCCGUGAGGCCACCGGAGGGCUCAGAGGUCCCCCCAGGACACAUGUACCGGCCCUACAAGUACCUGAACCGUGCACACCCGGCCCUGUGGAAUGGCAGUCAUGGCCCCGCCGGCCAGGGAGCCAUGGGGCCAGAGGAGAAGGGGCCCAUGGGGCCGGGGCCCUCGCUCCAGCCCCGUGCCCUGGGUCAUAUGAUGGACCCCCGGGCCAUGAGGCCGCCGCUGCCUCCCAGCCAGUGGACUGAGCAAUCAAAUUUCCUACCUCACGGGGUGCCUCCCUCAGGGUAUAUCAGACCGCCUGGGAAAGCCGCCGGCCAGAGGAUGCCGCAGCCACCGGCCACUCUGUUCGGGGGACCCCCUCAGGUCCAAAGAGGGUGCCAGGGUGGGGACUCCAUGAUGGACAGCCCGGAGAUGAUCGCCAUGCAGCAGCUGUCCUCCCGCGUGUGCCCGCCAGGUGUGCCUUACCACCCUCGCCAGCCACCCCCGCCGCACCUCCCCGGACCCUUUCCCCAGCUGGCACACGCCGCCUCCGCCGCUGGUGGGCAGCCCCCCAAACCCAUUGUGGGGAACGGGAGCUCGCAGGAUCUGACCAGCCAGUCCAUGGAGACGGAGAGCAACCAAGUAGAGCCGCCGGCAGGUGUGGACGAGAAGGCUCAGUGCAUCGGCAUUCCCGACGGGGCCUACACCAAACUCCUACCUCAUCCCAAGCCCCCGCUGCCCAUGGAGUGCACCAGGCGCACCUUGCCCCCAGACGGGGAGGGGGACGGCUCCAGCGUGAAGGGCGACCUGAAGACAGGGCAGGGCAAAGGCCCAUGGCCGGCGGAGAGUGGCUACGCCGGUGGCCCAGGCUGCGUGAGGGACCUGGUGCCCACCUCUGAGAGAGGGGGUCCCCUGCCUGAAAAUGGGGCGACGGGUGAGGGGCCGGCAGCUGGCGCUGAGGGGAAAGCGCUAGCCACCAACCUGCUGGAGAAGCCCCUCUGUGGCGGGGGGAAAGGUCUGCCUGACGCAGCCGUGCCUUGCAUGGGGCAGGGCACCGGCCUCCCCAGCGUGGACGCCGGCUCCAUGGGGGCCACCCCCAACCAGUUCCACCCUCUCUACAUGCCCGGGCUGGAAUACCCGAAUUCGGCCGGGCGGUACCACAUCAACCCAAGCCUGCAGGGUUUCGGCCCCGUGAUGGGGGGAAAGCCUCCUCCUCCUGCUUCCCACCCCCAGCAUUUUCCCCCGCGGGGUUUCCAGCCAAGCAGCGCCCACCCCGGCGUCUUCCCCCGGUAUCGACCCCCCCAGGGCAUGCCCUACCCCUACCAGCCGCAGCCUCAACCUUCCUACCACCACUACCAGCGACCGCCCUACUACGCCUGUCCGCAGGGCUACUCGGACUGGCAGAGGCCUCUCCACCCCCAGGCCAGCCCCAGCGGGCACCCCACCGCCCAUCCACCCCUGGCCAGACCCCCUUUCCCGGAGCGGGGGUCUGCCAGCGGCUUGCAGGGCUGCGAGGCACUGAGCGCCGCCCUGGCCUCUCCCAACCGCAUGGACCUAGCGAGUGCCAAAGAGGUUUCUCCGAACGACGGGCAGGAUCUGGGGCCUGAAGACGAGAAGUCCGAGGAGUCCCAGGAGAGGCCAGAGAGUCCCAAAGAGUUCCUUGAUUUGGACAACCACAACGCAGCCACGAAGAGGCAAAGCUCGGUGGCAGCGGGGGAGUUCCUCUAUGGAGCCCCCCCACCGCACCUGGGUUCAGGGAUGGGAUUCGGCCCCUCGGCUUUCCCUCCCCACGGGGUGAUGCUACAGACUGGCUCUCCUUAUACAUCCCGGCAUCCUGCCAGUCACUUCCAGCCCAGGACAUAUGGAUCGCCCAUGAAUGCUCACCUGUCUCAUCAUCCAGCCUCCGGCCAGGCCAACGGCCUCUCUCAGGAGGGACCCCUGUACCGCUGCCGGGAGGAGAAUGUAGGUCACUUUCAGGCCUUGCUGAUGGAGCAGAGAGGCAGUGGAGGUGGCAUGGGGGGGCCACCCCAGGACUUGUAUAGACCCUCGGGAAUGCAAAUGCAUCAGGCUCAAGUUCCCUUCCCGAAGAUGCCUACAGCAACCAUGUCCCGGGAAGAUCUGACGCCACAAAAACCAUCAGCGUUGCCUCUGGAUCAAAGCUAGUCCGAGGAAGGAAGGACCUCACGAAGAUGAAAGCCACACGUGAUUUGGACAAGGGGGAGGAGGGGCAGACCUUCCUUCCACCCUCCUCUCACCCGAGCAGCAUGUAGCUUCCUGGGUCCGCGGAACAUGGUGCCGCAACGGCUUUUGUGUUGGAAACCUGGAGCGGUGCUGGGCCCCAGCCAGCCGAGCAGCUGGCUCGCCACCGCAGGGAAAGCAUCGCAAACUAGUGGCUUUCUGUGACCGGAGACUGCGUCUCGUUCAGGGUUUGAGGGAUUUUUUGGGUGGGGAGGGCGGGGGUGGGGGCAGAAACUUUCAUUGACUGCUAAACUCAGGUAUAUUUUUCAGGGUGGAAGAGGAUGAUGAUGGAAUUUUACUUGUAGUAUUAACGUGUGUGUUUUGGAGCUGGAUCCAGUUUACAGAAUUUAACCUGUUGCCUUUUUAAAUAAAUUUCUGUUGUUGGUGAAUGUAUUGUACAUAAUGGGGGAGGUGGUGGGCCCAGCUUGUAGUGGGCUUAGCACUGGAGGAAUCCUUAACUGUUUACAAUCAUAUCACACUGAAAUCAUUCAGGAUAGAGUGAGGGUUUGAGGGAAGCGGAGAGAGGUGAAGGAACAUGUGAUGGAUGACUUGCUGUCCUCUUUCCUAUCCUCUGCAACCAAGAGACAACCCGACGGUUGGUUGACUUAAUAGCAGGAAUUGCUCAGGAGCAUAACGUGUCCUCCUCUUUCUCUUGUCUUCUUCCUCCUUCCCCCCUCGCCCCCACCUCUGCCCCCUCCGGAUCCAGGGCCUGAGUGCACUUCCAGCUCCUGUCAUCGUGGGGGAACAAGGAAACCAGGACCAGGAAUUGAAACCAGGACAGGAUACUCAUGGCAUUGUCCCUUCUGCUAGUAUAGUACCCUUCUCCCUGCCUUUCUGAUAGGACAAAUGUAUGCUCUAGAAAACAGAAAAUGGCAUAACUGGUCAUCUUACAUUCCUUUCGGUGAAACUGGUGCAGCUGGGGAUGGAGCAGCAUCUAUUCGGUAGAACAAAUAUUGUGCAAAUCUGUACUGUGCUGCUGCCCAAGGAGAGGAGCGGAGCAGAAUCUCCACCUUUCUUUCUCUGUCCUUUGUCUAUAUUCACUUCUUAGCAGCAGAGAAGCAGAAGGUACUCCAGGGUUCCUGACCACUCUCAGUUGCCUGUGGAGCAGGAGCAUGAGGCUGCUUUGGGGGAAUGGUUGGUGUGCUGCAGUGUGAGCCAUUCGUUGGCCUAUGGAGUUGGAUUUGGUAUUUUCAAGUUGUAGGUGAAUCAGAAAGCAUUGAUUUGAAAUCAAACGUUGAGGUGGCGUGGCUCAGGGGGUGAGGAACGAGAGGGCCGUGUGCUUGAGUUGAGUUGGUUUACCUUUGUCAUCAUUUGAUGCCGUAGCAGCAAGUCCUACAGGGCUAGUGGUAGCUUCUCUCGGAGGCUAUACACAGUCUGCAGUGGGUUCCUCACCAGUUGCAGUACUGCGCUGGGGAACCCCUGCAUGCCAGUGCUUUGUCAACACUGACAUUCAAAUGUAGAUUUGACAAAUUAGUUCGGUGGGAAUCUCAUCUUCAGAUGUUUAUUCACGCCUUAAAGCUAAGGCAGCUGAUUAUUCUUGGGGGAGCUAGGGUAAAACAAGGUGGAAUUGAUACACUGCAAGACUGGACAGCAAGAUCUGCUGGCGCAACAGCCUUAAUGCAGGCUGCUGGUUGCACUGGGGGGACAGCAGUACGGUUAAAAGGAGGAUGUUCCAAUGUGUUGGACAAAUUGUGCUAGCAAAAGCCUAAUUGACAGCAAAAGUGAGGACAGAGCAGCAUGCCCUUUAGUCUAUGGUACCAGCAAGGGCAGGGUCUCUGUCUCCAGGUUUCCAGAGAAUUUUUCUGGCUGCUUUGUUGUCUUGGAUGAUGCCGUCACCCGUAUCUUUAGCUGGAUAGGACUAGCAUGCGCAACUGCACCGUCUUUGUCCUCUGUGUAGAUCUACCAUGUGCUGUCAAAGCUGUUUGAGCAAAUGGCAGGUAGCAUCUGACUGAGCCAUUACUCCUUCUGUCCGAAGCUUUUGGAAGCACAAAAAGCCUAAAACAUGAGAAAUGUUCUUUCUUGAAAUAGUUAGAACAAGGAAGGACUGCCACAUUAGUGCCCUCUUACCAAUGAGUCUCCCUGCUCAGUACCCUUGCCUCUGAUGAGCUGUGUAGGGCCAAAGCAUUUUCCAAACCUAACAGGAGUUAAACUUCAUGCUAUUCCCACAAGCGUGUUUAUAAAUGCAGUUCUUACUCACUGCUGCAGCUCGCCUGUGAACUAUAGCUGCUGUCUGCUUAGUCCAGUGAGUCGCCUGGGACAGCUGGCUCCUCCACAAAGGAAGACUUUAAUAUAAUAUGAAUUACUUACAACACUUAUCUAUAGGUGCCAUUACAUUAUGAAAGGGAGAUAUUUUUUUUGGUGCUGGUUGUUAUUUUUUUCAUUUGUGUUCAUCUGUCAGGGAGCAUUGUCGCUGGUGGAUUGGUAGAAACUGGAAUAGAGGAUGCUGAAGGUUUUCCUUUGACUGAGAAGCAGGUAACUGCUCUUCCCAGCCAAGACCAUUAUGCUACGGUUUAUCCGAAUUUGUCCCAGAUCUGAGGGUCUGCUGCUGACUUGUCAGCUGGCAGUGGGUUUUCAGAAGUGCCCCAGCUGCUUGGAAAUGAAGGUCAGGAUCCUUUCCUGAAUGGAGGUACUGAAGCAGUAGUAGGUAUUUAUGAAAAACUGUGCAAGUAUAACUGAUCUUCAAGACAAUAAACCUGGGACAAAUGAAAACACAGUUGAUUCUCCUUGUAAAGCAGUCUUUAGUUCAUUGUAGAUAUAAAAAUAAUUUCAAAUAACACAUUUAAAAAUAGAGGAACUGUAAAAUGUAACUUGUAGCAAAGUAUUCGAAAUUCUGGAAAAUGUGAACAUAGAUUCUGCAAACAACCCCUGCCGUACUUCGGUCUGUGUCUUCUGUAUCACAGAUGGUUACCCAAAUAUUUGAAGUGCCUUUUGUUCAGCUUAUUGUGAACUUUGUGGGACAGGAGGUUUUUAGAAGCUAUAAAAAAAAAAACCAAACCCCAAGCUGAAGCACUCUUGGUCUUCAGCUGGAACUGUCACUGAAAACAUGGUUCUAGUGGUCAUGGUAUCUGGAUGAGUACCAAGCCCAGAUCAAAACAGGGGACAAAUAAGAAAUGCAAGAAUUGCUUGUGGUCUGCCUGGAGAGCGUAGUGGAGUGUUAGACAGUGAUAGAUACCCUGAGGAUCCUAUAUGGAGUGUGUGACAUGAAGAUAUUAUCCCUUACCUGACAUAAUGGAAAUCUGGGAGAAGUGUUUGACUUGCAGGUGGUAGACAAAAAGAGUAGUGAAGCUGACUCCUCCUGGGAAAGUUUCUAGGUAAAUGGCUUUUGAUGUAGUCAGUAAUUCUUAUUAAAGUGACUAACAAGCUGCUGUUGUGAGGACACAUGGUUUAUAUUAGAAAAGUACUAAUAUAGUGUAGGGGGAACUAUGGCUGUGCUCCAGGGAUAGGGCUAUCCUGGGGACAGGGCACACUAGAUAGAGAGCUGCUUGUGCAAUCUUAGCUCAGAGUUUCCAGACAUUCAAAUGCUUUGUUCAUAAGUGUUUGGGUUGGUUUUCUUUUCUUUUUAUGAUGACAUCUAGGGAUGCCCAGAAAAUCAGAGCUCUAGCUCAGGUACAAUCUGAACAAAUCACAGAAAAUUGGCACCCCUCAGAGCGCAUGGGGAUGGGAGCGGAUUGCUGGGGUGGAACAUAAAUGGAAAUGCGCGGGGAGAAGCAGAAAAUGUGAAUUUUAUAGUUUAUGGUUUCCCAACCUGUGCUGCACAGGGCUGUUUUGUAGAUAUUGUGAAAGAGACGCAUUUACGGAAGGAUUUAGAAGAGAGUAACAUGGCAGCUCUUUAUGUACAGGGUGGUACUUUUUGCCAUGGGUUGUCAUACAGUGCAGGAGAUGUGUACCUGCAUUUUAAAAUACCCUGGCUUUUGAGUGCCAUACUUGUGUCAUUAGCUUAAAUAAUAUUUUAACACAAUACAGGGAAAUUAUGGACUCUGGUUGGAAGCCCUCUUUCUCGUCCUCCAGCAUUGUUGUAGUAUAGUAUAUUAGCAGUUGGUUCUUCUUCAGCAAGCAUCUUGAGCUAGUGACAUUGCAAAGUUUCCUGUAGCUUUUACUUUUCUCAUACGGAGGAUGUGUUUUGCUGUAAUUUCAGAUUUCAUGUUAAACGAGGCUAUAUAAUACGUAGAACAAAUAUGAUGUUGACUGUGCUUGGAGCAUGCCAAAAAUUACCAAUAUUCUCAGAAGAGCUUUUUACCCUACUCGGGCCUCUUAGCGUCUUGCUCUCCCCACCACCUCACCCUUUGCAAGUGGUGUGUGGUGUUCCCAAAUUCCCAAGAUGUUCAAUUGCCAUUAUAAAUUACAUUGUAUAAGCUUCCCCUGGGACUCUGGAAGCUUCAGGCGUCUUAAGCACCAAAGGCCCUGGCAAUUCGACUUAAGUAUUUUAAGAAGGGCAGUCACUGAGGCUUCACAGUGAUUUUUAGCUGUGUCCAGCAUAAGUUUGCAGUCUAUAAAUUCCAUGGUGUGACCCACCAAACCACUCAGUAGCAAUCCAAGUCACCAGACUGCAAUGAGGAGGACAAAAGAGGAAAGUAAAUUUGAAGCUUCAAGGCCCAACUGGUUUGAUUUGUGACUUUAAAGUACAUGGAGACACUUUUCUUGGAAGAGCUUCUGAUCCUUUCUUGUCUGCCAAAUGCCUUUCCCAUGCAGACUUUCUGAAACAAAUCUCCUGUGUAUAUUUUUGUAAGUGUGGUUUCUCGGGGUCUUGGAGCGCUAUCAGCUUCUUGAUGUCUUAUCUGAAAGCUAGUCACAGAGGCUGUCUUUCAUUCUGCUGAGGCGGUUCUCCUGCAACUUCUCACCCCAACACUUCUCCAUGUGUAAUUAGAAAACAACCUUUUUUUUCCCUCUGUUGAUCUCUGUCAGUCUUCUGUGCAUCUCUGUGUUCAGCCAGGGCUGUUGCUUUGCUCUCAAUGGCUUUGUUCUGCUUUCCCUUUCUGAGGAGAUGGCGUUGCCGUCUGCAUUGUGGAGUUUGGGAGAAGGUGCUGAACCAAGUGACGGGGAACCACCAUCCCGAGGGGUAGCUUGGAGAAGACAAACAGGGGAACUGGUGAUGCUGUGGUUGCUUCUGGUUCCCCUCACUGCAGAGCAGCCGUGUGAUUGGGUCUACGCUUAAUCAGAGCAUCCCCUUAAAAGAGUUUUUACUGGGGUGCAUUGCUGGUAGAGGAGUUUGCUCUUGCAGAAUUCCUGUUUCACUUUAAGUACAGCGCUGGCGGUUGAAGAGCAGGUGUGUGAGUGCCAUAUCCUUUCUGUAAGGCUGAGAUUGAGAUAGCAGGCUAUGAAAGUACUGUUGCAGCUGCAGGCCAUGUGACAAGCUUUAAGAGCAUGUGCUUAUUGUAACCGAGAAAGCAUCUCAAACGUUGACCUUCCAGCCUUUCCCCAUCUGUACCUGUUUAACAUACAGAUGGGGGUAAUGCACAUUCGGGCUUGGCAGGACCCCUGCCGCCCAUGCGGAAGGAAAACUCUUUUAACCAGCACAUAAUGAACUACGCGUUCUGAUUUUCACUCUCCGCUGUCCACCUCCCUCUCUGAAAAAGAGCUGGGGGGGGGAUCCAUUUCCAGCUGUUUCCAAAUAGGAGUUCCUGGGAUGACAAGAGCGAGGGUCGGUCGAGUCCUAGGCAAGGAAAUUCAGGACAAGGUUGUAUGUAUUUAAAACUAAAACAUCCAAGUGUACCUUCGAAGCACAGGUGUUGCAAGCUGUGUGAUGCCAUGCCCUUUUUGAUUACUCUCCUGCCUCGGCUCACACGCAGUAUUUGAGGACCGUGGAGCGUUUUGUAGUUUUAGCACUGCUGGCCUUGCAUCGACUGAGCUUUUUUUUUACUUAAUCUGCAGCAGUGGCCUAGAUUUCUUUUGGUAAAGGUCUUCCUUCUUUUGAAACAUGGAUGCCAAAGCGGACAGUGCAUCCAGGAGAGAACAAGAGCUACACCUACCAGUGGAAGAGGGGAUGAAGGAUUCAUUAGGGCUGAGGAUUAAUUGGGAUUGUCACCAGCUCUAGCAAGUCCCUCUGUCCUUUGCCCUUAUUGUUUGGAAACACAUGGCUCGCUAGCAGAAGCGUAGGAAGUGGAAUACCUUCUAAAUAAAAGUGGAACUGACUCUAUGUGGGCAAAAUAGCCUUGUUGUGGACAAAGUUAGACCAGAUGGCCAUUAGGGACUCCUUUGGCCUUGAAAUUAGUGAGAGACAAGCAGACACUUAGUGCAUUCAAACACCGUUGAGUAUGUCAGAGGAGCGAUCUCCCUUUCUGAAGCCAGUCAGGCAGCUAAAGGAGCUUGGGCCUCAACUUUUAGUCUGGCAAGUCCUCUGAUCCCCUUUUGUGUCAUGAGCCAACGUUUCCCCUGUCCUUGCUUCCUAGCUUUCAAGUUUCUCUCCCUCUGCUCACUUUGCUGCAGUCGGUUGCUGUCAAGUGCAGAGAUGAAAGCUCGCUGCCCACGUGAGUAGAAGGGCAGAAGGUUGAACUUGCCAGCUGUCUCCUCUGCACACGCAUAUAAAAAGCAGGUGAGGAGUACACAUUUAUUCUCCUCGUGAAUUUAAGGUGUCCUCAGUGGCUCUUUAGUUCUCCCCCAUGGUCCCAGGGUUUGCCUUCCUGGCACAGCGAUGCCUGUCCCUCUGAUAGCAUAACGAUUUGCUCCUGGCCCUUGUGCAGGGUUCCUGUGCAUGAUCCUGGUGUGUCUGCCUCCGAGGGGGCUUAGAUUAAAAAUAUAUACUGUGUACAACUGUGAAAGCUGUUGCCUCUCUUCCUUGAUAGAUCAAUGAACACCGCUGCCUGAUUUUUUCCUGAGCAAUAAUAACGUGCAGCAGUGCAACAUCGACCUUCCCAUAUUGUUUCAGGGAGCAAACGGCUAUGAAAUGCUGCGGGCCUUCACAGUUUGAGUGGGAAGCGAGGUGCUUUCUGUGGCUCUGCAUUUUAUCCACACCAGGUUGCUGCUUUCCCAUCUACUGUUGGAUUGAUUAAGGUAGUCGGGAGAGAGCUGGUUGCUUCCUCUGUGGUGGGGAAGGUAGAAAGGGAAGGGAGCAAGUUGGUAAAAGUGAGCCGCCUUGCCUCUCUGAAGAGGCAGAGCACAUGGAAGAGGAGUUCCCUGUUACUGCCUCGGAGCGAGGGGUGGGUGCACCAUGGAUUUAAUGCCUCUGGGGGAGGGGAGCGACCCGCUGCUGCUUCACUUGGCAUUGAUGGGGGAGGUAGCGGGAGAGCCUAUGCCACUACAUCCUUUUUUCUGAAGUUGGUUGAUGUUGGGUUGGGUUUUUUUUGUAUUAUUGUAAGUUUGUAAAGAAUGUAAUCUGUCUGUUGGGGGCACAAGGAGAAAACGGGGGCCUUUCUCUUUUGGGGUGAGGCUGUUCUUAUGUUGCUGUGCUUUUUGUUGUUGGGCGGGGAGGGGGGUCUAGGGGCCAUGGGGGCAAAAGCCUGGUCCUUGUCAACUGAUUGCAGCUGUCCCAGGGCAACAGGAGGGUGAGCUGAUGCUGCAGCAGAGACCUCCCACACCAAGCUGUGAAAACAACCCCUGCCCGCAUUCUUCAGUGGGGGGAAUCUGACCUGCAUGGGGCUCAGGGCGUUUUGCUGGGUGGUGGGACCUAAUGCUUGAGGGCUGGUCCUGCUCAUCUUUGGCUCGGUUAGAAACUGAGCUAGCCGGCUGCCCAUGCUGUUUAGGAAAGGUUGGAUUUGAUAGCCUGAUUUUCUCAGUGGAAGGAGUUCAUGCUGGAGUUGCUCGCCCCAGUGCUGCUCUCCCCAGUGGGGGGCUCAGAUCCUGCACCUCUCCAUCGCCUGGUGCCCAGGAGCCCCGGCUCUUGCCCCCGCCUCCCUCCCCGUCCCGUAGAGCACAGUGUCAGGGAUCCUCUUCUCUCUCCUGCUGCUGCAAAGUUGUGUGAACUUUCCUGGUCAAUACUGGAAAGGGGAAUGCUAUUUAUUUUUAUAUUGUGUAUAUUUUGUCUUGGUCUGCUGAUUACCUUUGUUCCCCAAGAGCGACAGUUACCUCAAUAGUUAGUUUAAUACUGUGUGUUGGGUAAUUUUUUUAAAGAACUUUUUUAAAAGCUUGAUCCUUGGAGGUCUGUAGAUUUUAUUUCCAUAUGAAUUGGUUAUUUUGUAUAAAGUACGUUCUUAAAAUAGCAA